GUGGGGUCGAGCCCAUGAAAAAAACCAGGGACUCGUUUGGUGCCUUUCCAAUUCCUGGAAGUUCCCCCUUUUCCAGAGGUUGGAGGGAGGUCCCCCCACCCUUAAAAACAUCUGCCCAUUUCCGCCCCCCCUUCUCUAUGUUUCACAGUCCUGGGGGGUUUUUCCUCCUUCCCACCCUCACCAGACGAUCCUUUUUUGGGGGCCCCGUGGAUCUAGGAAAGCAGCCCAACCCUAUCCUAGAGCUGACCCAGGGAUUUCCGCUCUGCAGCUGUCUCAGCACGGGCAUGAUGGGGAGCUCCGGCGGCCUCUUACUCCCUGUCCUGGGCUUCGUCUUGCUCGCGUCCUCACUGGCCGUCCGUGGAGCCCCUGUCCUUUCUGCUCCCGAAGUGGUCUCGAUGGAAAACGGCAGGUCGAAAAACAUCACAGUGACUUUAAGCACCCCAUCCAAUGAAACGCUGGGAAUCACGUUUAACAUGACGUACGUGUCGAGGGAAAAUGUCACCAUCGUGGAGCUGCCGGAGCAACUUGUGAUAGCGGCCGGUCAGAGGCAGGGGAGCUUCCCAGUGAGAGCCGUCAAGGUCGGGCAAGUGACCGUCUACCUUCGAGCCAACACCUCCCAACAAAUCGGGCCGAGAAUCCGCUUCCUGGUGAUCCACAGCAACGUGGUGAGGAUUGUGGACCAAGUGAUCGGGUGGAUCUAUUUCCUGGCCUGGUCCAUCUCCUUCUAUCCUCAGGUGUUUGAGAACUGGAAGCGGAAAAGUGUCGUAGGGCUGAGCUUCGACUUCCUUGCUCUCAACCUCACCGGCUUCAUCGCCUACAGCAUCUUCAACGUCGGGCUCUUCUGGAUCAGGCCCGUGAAGGAGCAGUUCCUGCAUCUGUAUCCCAACGGAGUCAACCCGGUGGACAGCAACGACGUGUUCUUCAGCCUCCAUGCGAUUGCCGUCACCCUUGUGACCAUCGGCCAGUGUCUGAUCUACGAGAGGGGGACUCAAAAGGUGUCAGCAACGGCCACGGGACUGCUCAUCAUCGCAUGGAUUUUUGUCUUCAUCACCUUGGCUGUAACCGUCGCCGGGAAAAUGACGUGGCUCCAGUUCCUGUUCUACUUCUCCUACCUCAAGCUUGCGGUCACCCUCAUCAAAUACUUCCCGCAGGCCUACAUGAACUUCAGUCGGAAGAGCACCGAGGGCUGGAGCAUUGGUAACGUCCUGCUGGACUUCACAGGGGGCGCCUUCAGCCUGAUCCAGAUGUUCCUGCAGUCUUACAACAACGAUGCCUGGAAGCUGAUCUUCGGUGACCCCACCAAGUUCGGCCUCGGCAUCUUCUCCAUCUUCUUCGACAUCGUGUUCAUCGUCCAGCACUACUGUCUGUACCGCUCUCCGGACUACAACACGGUCGAGGCUGAGUGAGCGCCUCCUAAGGGGCCUCCUCUGCGGAUCUCUCCAGCUUAUACCUCAGAGAGAACCUUGGGACGGGCGGGCUCCUCGUUGGGACUUCACACCCGCCCUCUCGUCGUGUCCCUUGACCGACCAACCACCCACAGGUGCCUUAACCUCUUCCAGGACUGCACCUCUCGCACCGGGUGGCUGGACCACCUCGGGAGGGAGACACUUGGCCUUUGGCUCACCCAUCUCUCCAAUGGUCAAAACCACAUUCCUGGUGGCUUUCUCCACCAACUUCACCUCGCUGGGUCGCCAAAGAUUUCUUGCCUUCCGCGAAGGCCGGAUGAAGAGAAGCCGUUCUGUGACAGCUGCCUUCCGACGGAUCUGCACCAGCCUCCCGCGCGGGUAUACUCAAAGGAGGGAGGAACUGGGCCAGGAAAGGCCCGAGCAGACCUCUUUUAGCCACUGAAAAUAAAAGGCUUCUAACUGUA